AUGUCCCAAUCAUCCAGCAAAUUCAUAACUCACCCAAACGGGCAAAUUACCCAUGUCUUUGAUGAUAAGUUCGUGGAUCCUUGGAAACCAUGCGAGACAAUUCUCAUACAACAUGGCUUUGCUAGACAUGGUGCGUUCUGGUACCAUUGGAUCCCAGUGUUAGCGCGUCAUUAUCGAGUCAUCCGUCGCGAUGCCCGUGGCCACGGGCUUUCUAGCUAUCCUUCGCAUGGAGACAAGUACGACUACUCCUUAGAUACGAUCUUGACAGAGAUCGUAGAUACAAUGGAUCAGCUCGGUGUGCAAAAGUUCCACUUUCUAGGCGAAUCCACAAGUGGCAUGGUCGGCGAAGCAUUCGCAGCGAAGUAUCCGGAGAGACUGCAUUCAUUGAUCAUAUGCUCAUCGCCCACGUUCCUUCCGGAAGCUGCCCUCUCACUAUUCUCGUUUGGACGAUCUAGUUGGCCAGAGGCUUGUCGAGAGAUGGGAUCACGUGGGUGGGGAGAGGCGUUGUCAAAAGUUCCGGGCACAGUGUCUGUACCUGAUGAAGACUAUGUCAAGUGGUGGAUCUCGCAAGUUGCCGUCUCUACUGGCGAAGGACUGGCGGGGUAUGCCGAAUUUCUUUCCUCGCUGGACUCAAGGCCCUUCCUCGAGCAGAUCAAAGUCCCCACACUGAUUUUGGCGCCGGCGAAGAGCGCCGCCACAAAGUUGGAAGAGCAGGAGAUCGUGCAAAGGAAGAUUCAGGCGUCGAAACUAGUUGUUAUUCAUGGAAAUGGUCAUGAGAUAUACGUAGAGAAACCGGAGGAUUGUCAGCGAGAGGUGUUGGAGUUUUUGAAAAACCUCGGUAAGAGUGGUUGA